AUGGCCAGUGGCAAGGUGUUGGCUGGGGCAGGCCAAACCACUGUUAGCCAGGGAGCUGGUAAAGUUGACAAGGCCAGGACAGCAGGAGCAGCUAGUGAUCUUUUGGAAGCUGGCUCUAACUAUGGAAAGUUGGAAGAAAAGAGCUAUGGCAAGUAUGUGGAAAAGGCUGAGACUUAUCUCGACCAAUAUGGCAACCCCUCCUCCCAAUCCCAAUCCCAUUCCACCACCACCGCCACCACCCCUCCUAGCCACUCCUCCACCCCUUCCACCACCACAGACUCAGAACCACACUCAGCUGCUGGUGGGGGCUACGUGAAGAUGGCUCAAGGUUUCUUGAAGAAAUGA